UGAAAGGGUGGACGAAAACAGCCCUCCACCUCCAGAUGGAGAUGUGCCGGUCUGCUCCUCCCCUGCCUGUCCUAUGACCCAGGCGCGGGUGACUUACUGGGAUGGGGAGGAAAGCCCGCGGAGAGGAUGGGGUCCCUGAAGGUGUCUAUCUGGGGCUGGGACCUGGAGCACUGGCUGUACCUGAGCCCAUGGACAAGACCUGCCUGAGUGGAAGCUAGGACCACCUCCCAGGGACGGCCCAGCCUCCGUGGCUCUGACCCUCCUGGCAAGCCUGGGCACCUGAGCCUGAAGAAGCCUGUGGGGAAACAGGAGGAGACAAGGCCUCACACUGCUUCUGCCCCAAGCGAGCCUCAGAGGGAGAGAGCAGUCAGCCAGGCAAAGCCAAGACCGUCAUCACCAUGACAACCAGUCACCAGCCUCAGGACAGGUACAAAGCCGUCUGGCUUAUCUUCUUCAUGCUGGGUCUGGGGACCCUGCUCCCCUGGAAUUUCUUCAUGACAGCCACUCUGUAUUUCAAAAACCGCCUGGGCCAGCCCCAGAACAUGUCCGUGGGCACGGCUAACCUGAGCAGGGACAUCCAGGCCUUGGCCACCCCCACGGUACCCUCUCCGGAUCAGAAUUAUCUGCGUGACAUCUUCAACAAUGUCAUGACCUUGUGUGCCAUGCUACCCAUGCUGAUCUUCGCCUACCUCAACUCCUUCUUGCAUCAGAGGAUCCCCCAGUCCGUUCGGAUCCUGGGCAGCCUGGUGGCCAUCCUGCUGGUGUUCCUGACCACUGCUAUCCUGGUGAGGGUGCCCCUGGACGCCCUGCCCUUCUUCGUCAUCACCAUGGUCAAGAUCAUGCUCAUUAAUUCAUUCGGUGCCAUCCUGCAGGGCAGCCUGUUUGGUCUAGCUGGCCUCCUGCCUGCCCACUACACGGCCCCCAUCAUGAGUGGCCAGGGCCUGGCAGGCAUCUUCGCCUCAGUGGCCAUGAUCUGCGCCAUCGCCAGUGGCUCAGAGCUGUCAGAAAGCGCCUUCGGCUAUUUUAUCACAGCCUGCGGGGUCAUCAUUUUGACCAUCAUUUGUUACCUGGCACUGCCCCGGCUGGAAUUCUACCGCUACUACCAGCAGCUCAAGCUCGAAGGGCCCGGAGAGCAGGAGACCAAGCUGGACCUCAUUAGUAAAGGAGAGGCGUCAAGAGCAGGCAAAGAGGAGUUUGGAGUUUCAGCCCCCAAUUCUCAGCCCACCAACAAUAGCGCCUCAGUCUGGGCCAUCCUCAAAAAUGUUUUAGUCCCAGCUCUCUCCGUCUGCUUCGUCUUCACCGUCACCAUUGGGGUGUUUCCUGCUGUUACCUCUGAUGCCACGUCCAGCAUUGCAGGCAGUAGCGCCUGGGGACACUACUUCAUUCCUGUGUCCUGCUUCUUGAAUUUCAAUGUCUUCGACUGGCUGGGCCGGAGCCUCACCACCAUAACCAUGUGGCCUGGGAAGGACAGCCGCUGGCUGCCAAGCCUGGUGGUGGCCCGGCUCGUGUUCGUGCCCCUGCUGCUGCUGUGCAACGUGCACCCCCGCAGAUACCUGCCCGUGGUCUUUAAGCACGACGCGUGGUACAUCAUCUUCAUAGCCGCCUUCGCCUUCUCCAACGGCUACCUCGCCAGUCUCUGCAUGUGCUUUGGGCCCAAGAAAGUGCAGCCGGCAGAGGCUGAGACAGCUGGAUCCAUCAUGGCCUUCUUUCUGUCUCUGGGACUGGCGCUAGGGGCUGUCUUCGCCUUCCUGUUCCGGGCAAUUGUGUAACCCAGAUGGACAGAGGACUGCACUGGCCGCCAGCUCUUGCCCCUUCCUUGUCCUUCAGGGGUGGGCAGGGGUGGGCCGGAGGUUUUCUCUUCUAACUGAAUUCUGCUUUCUCAUGGCCUGUGCUGGGCCCGGUGUCCAGGCCCCGAGGAGGGAGCCUCUCGGUGGACAGUGGGGACAUUGGCAUGCAGGUCAGAGUCGAGGGAGGGGACACGGUCCCUGCGUAUCCUCGAAUCCCCCCACAUCUGGCUCUGAUUCCUACUUGAGCAGACAGAAGAGGCUCCCAGGCUCAGUGUGUGUGUCUAUGUGUCUGUAUAUUUGUCUGUCUGUACCAGGGGUGGCUAGGGGCCAGGACUGUGUUCUAAGGUCCAGUCUGAUAUUGCACCCCUCCCUUCUCCCUGUACCUUCCCCCCAACCUCCCUGUCCCUCCCCUGCUCCCCCUGCCUUGUGUCUAUCAUGUAUCCUGUACAGUUGCUAUUUUACUGCCUUUUUUUAUACUCAACAGAAACCAGGUGCCUUCAGAGGCUCUCUGAUUAAAUAAAUAUUUUUUAUCCCCCAUG